UUGUGAAGCUAUUGGUUCUGGAUCGUGACUUCCCCAGCCAUGUGACCAUGGUCUAAGCUUGUUAGCGUCUCUGGGACCCUGAAUCAUCUUCUACAGCCGCAUCCGAGCGCGUAUUCAUCCACAACACAAGCGAGUUGUGUCCCAGCCGAGCCGCAACGUGGUCCCGUGUUCGUCGUUUUAACGUGUCACGAUGUUCUUCUUCGGUAGCAAGAAAGUGUCUCCGCCGCCGCCCGUUAUACCGCCGCCUGUUCCCCGCUCAGGUCCGGAAAUCGACGCUACGACCGUGAUAUCGCUCUUAGCUGUACUCGCUCUGCUCGGUGGCGCUUAUGGUGCUUCGAUAAAAGUCCUGCCGAAGACGACUUCCCUCAAGAUACGCGUACUCUUCAUCUGGCAUCUUUUCGACGCUCUCAUCCACUUUGUAUUCGAAGGCUCCUUCCUCUGGAAUUGCUUCUUCGUCACGUAUUCGCUUCCCACCUCUUUCUCUGCCGCAUCUCGCAACCACCCUCAAGUCACGCUCUUCACACCUCCAGACGUAUAUUGGCUCGGCAGGCAAGAUCUUCUUUAUGGAGCGAACUAUGGGACGGGUCCAUUGAGUCGGUUGUGGCAGGAGUAUGCCAAAGCGGACAAGCGAUGGGGAGGUACGGAUCUAACGGUUGUGGCUCUCGAGAUACUGACUGUUUUUGUUGCGGGCCCGUUGGCAUGUUGGAUCUGCUAUCUUCUCUCGAAAGAUGAGAAGAAAGGUGUGUUGAAGAAGUGGUUCUGGAUGAUAGUACUGGCCACAGGGGAGAUAUACGGAGGCUGGAUGACUUUCGCGCCUGAGUGGCUGACUGGAAGCCCCAAUCUCGACACAAGCAAUUGGAUGUAUCUUUGGCUGUACCUUGCAUUCUUCAAUGGCUUGUGGGUCGUCUUCCCCCUCUGGAUUCUGUACGAAGCAUAUCGAGCUAUGAGUUCCGCCAUGUCGCAAUCUGAAAUGGUCGACUUGGUCAACUAUCUCAAGAAGGAUGAUUAGACAGUCGCAGCAUGAAAGCACUCGAAUAUGUAGAUGAUGGAAAUAUAGCGACAAGCUCUCACGGCACAUAGGUCCUUUCGAGUGUCCAAUCCACGAUCGGACAACACAAAAAAUACCCUGUUUUCGCGAAGUAGCUUGCUGCACGUUCUAGGGUUUGUUGCCGAUUAAAAGCUAUACAAACCGAUGCUCCCUACAGACGACCGCAUCAUCCGCUCAAUACCGGACAUACUCGAGCAAAAUAUGAUUUCCAAGAAAGCUGUUGUGAUUAGACCCCAAGCUUAUACUACCUCGAACUAAGUCUGUGCAUCAUGGUGGUCCGAGUACCCAGGACAUCCAAAACUCACUCAGUGAAGCGGCUUCUACCACAUUUCCGAAGACCUCCUCAGCAAUUCAUAAUGAGUCGAGUUUAGUACGUAGCGGGGGUAGUUAGACUUGAAUAGAAUGUUUCGGGUAUAGCUAAUCUAACUCAAC